AGCUGUGCUCACACCAAUACACUGCAGGAGCGCAAAGAGGAGCAGAACGGGUACCUUUGGGUGCACAAAUUCAGCUGUGGAUACUUUUCAUUCUAGACUUGCCAAACACGACUUCUCUCCACUGGGGGCUUUGGAGGUGAACAGCUUUUUACUUCUACAUUUCUUUGGUUCUUUGAGGAAGUUUUACUUUUUUCUAUUUAACUGCUGAGAUCAGGAUGCUUCGCCCUGUUGCUUUACAGCAGGUCUUCUUCACCCUGUUUGUACUUGGCAGAGCAGCAGUGAUGGCGGAGAGUGAAUGCCCAGCUGAAUGUUCCUGUGAUCCCUUGCCCCCGCUGUGCCUGCCGGGCGUCAGCUGGGUAACUGACCAUUGUGGCUGUUGCAAACUCUGCGCUCGGCAGUUGAAUGAGGCCUGCAGUGCCACAGAACCCUGCGAUCAUAUCAAGGGGCUACGCUGCCAUCUGGGGGCUGGAGGAGACCCAGAGAGAGGACUAUGUCAAGCUGAGGCCUAUGGCUUGCCCUGUGCAUUCAAUGGGCAAGUGUACCAGCACGGUGAAGACUUCCAGCCCAACUGCCAGCACCACUGCACCUGCAUGAAUGGUGUGGUGGGCUGCAUGCCCCUCUGUCCCUACCAAGUGCCCCUGCCGCAGUGGCGAUGCUCACAUUCCCGGUUGGUGCAGGCUGAAGGUAGCUGCUGUGAGGAAUGGGUGUGCGACAAUGUCAACAGCAUCAGUGAGGAGCCGGGCAAUCCAACACACACCUCCCUGUCAGAGAGAUGGCCCCAUUCAAACCACAUCAGUCCUUUGCUGCCAGCCCAGCUGCAAAAUCACCUCCCAGCUACCAGUGGAGGAGACACAUUCCGAAAUAAAGAGAUGGAAUCCUUCCCCCUGUCUGAGGUGCUACAAGAGUCCCGCUGUUUACCACAAACCACUGAGUGGACCCAGUGCUCCACCACAUGUGGGAUGGGCAUUUCAAGUCGUGUAACCAAUAACAACCCAGAAUGUCAGCUGGUCAGAGAAACUAGAUUGUGCCAGAUCCAGCACUGUGAGCUGCAGCUACCUAAAAAUAACAAGGAGAAGAAAUGUCAGCGAACCUUCCGCCCACACAAACCAAUCAGCAUCACCUUUAGUGGAUGCUUUACAGCUCGACGAUAUCGUCCUCGUACCUGUGGGGCUUGCACUGAUGGCCGCUGCUGUGCCCCAUCCGUCUCCCGCACCGUGCAGCUCCACUUCCACUGCCCCAGUGGUGACACCUUCUACAAUGUAAUGUGGAUCCAGCGCUGCAGCUGCAGUACAAGCUGUGGUAAAGACACUGAUCAUUCCAGCUCUUUAGUCAGCCUCUACAAUGACAUCCACACUUUCAGGGACUGAGGCUGACUUAUCAGUGGACUGCUUCGUCCCCCUCGCAAAACUCACUGACUCCCUGUCUGUCUGCUGGGUAGGAAAGCAAUCCACUCGCUUGCACUUUAAGCUUCCUGCCAUGAUGAUGUCAGUUUGUCCACACUGGAGAUGUUACCUCUUUAGUGUCCUGGGCAGCGCUGAGGACAACACACUGCAGUGUGUCUGCUGUGUCACAUUGUAGGCCAAGAGCUUUAACUGAAAUUUUAAUUUAUUUUAACUUUGUGUCCUCUCCACAGCGAGUGACAUGACACUUUGUUAAACAGAAGGCUUUUUAGACCAGAAACAGGAAAAAUAAUAAGAAAUGAUGGGAACCAAAGACAUGCAUCUUUAUCUCCAAGGCAUUUUGACAUGUUGGGAACAAUUAGAUAACAAGAUGUAGUCAUUAGGAACUACAUCGAUUGUAUGUUCACAUGGAUUGUGCUUUGCAUGAUUAACAGUUCAUCUGUUUCCUGUAAACACAUUUAUGGUGAAAUGGAUUACCAUGUGUCUGUUUGAACAAUGAGAAAUUUUCAAAAGGAAGAGUUUACAGAAUGUACUCAUUAUGCUACUAUGAUAUAUAGAUUAAAAUCAUAUAGUCUAUACUGAUUUCACUCUUAGCUGUGGAGUGGGAAUACUCGAGGAUCACCUCAUUUUUCGAGGUGUGAUACUAUUUCUCAUGUGUCUAUCACAGUGUACAUACAAUACAUGUUUUAUUUGGAGGGAUUCUAAAGAUACUAUAUAUUUAACAUGUGUCAUUUAUGUUCAUUAGAAGUUUGUGUUUGUAAGCUUCUUUAGGUCAAAUAAAAACUGUGCAAUCUGU